AUGUUAAUUACACAUGCAGUGGAUAUCAAUGCAAAAGACAAAAAUGGGUGCACUCCUCUUCAUUAUGCAGUAAGAAGGGGAUUGGUGCAAUUAGUUGAAUUUCUUGUUUCACAUGGAGUAGAUGUCAAUUCAAAAGAUAAUUUGGGGUGGACACCUCUUCAUUACGCAGCAGAACAAUCUCGUUUUGAAAUAGUCGAGGAACUUAUUUCUAAUGGUGCAAAUAUCAAUGAAAAAAACAAUAAAAAUCAAACCGCUCUCUCCCUUGCUAUCGAAUCACAUCAAUAUAAACCUUAUUACAAUAAGACAAUUGAACUUCUUAAGUCGAAUGGUGGCAUAUGCUAA